UACGGGCACACAAACACAGCGGUGGGCACUCAACCUGGGGACUCCAGACCGACACUAGGUCACCUCAUAGGACCCACGCUAUCACAGUUCCCAGCUGUUUACCACCCAUCCCUUGUUUCCAGAGAGGUCGCAGGCAAGCGACAGAGGCAAGCGGCAGAAGCCUCCCAUAGCGCGGAACUCGGCCCAAGCUCCAAGGGGAGCUACACAAAGGCGGGGCUUCAUGGGGGCCGCCCCGCUAUUUGGAUGGGGGCGGAGCUUCCUCGGAGGCCGGCGCGAGGCCGCGGAGCCCCGCCCGCCCAGCGCUCCGCCCCCCUGGAGAGGACGAGACACCAUGGAGGAGUACCACCGCCACUGUGACGAGGUUGGUUUCAAUGCUGAUGAAGCUCACAAUAUUGUUAAAGAGUGUAUAGAUGGGAUCUUAGGAGGUGAAGAUUAUAACCAGAAUAACAUCAACCAGUGGACUGCAAGCAUCGUGGAACAAUCCUUAACACAUUUGGUUAAGCUGGGAAAACCUUAUAAAUACGUCGUGACCUGUGCACUAGUCCAAAGGAGUGCUUACGGCUUUCACACAGCCAGUUCCUGUUUCUGGGAUACUACUUCUGAUGGAACCUGUACCGUGAGAUGGGAGAACCGAACCAUGAACUGUAUUGUCAAUGUUUUUGCCAUCGCUAUUGUCCUGUGAUAGACUAAAAAUGUCUGGCCAAAGACGUUAAAAUUGAGAAUUUUGUCAGUGUAUUCUUUCUAAAAAGAGUCAUAGUUACUUAUUAAUGUGUUAGAUGACAAGCGUGCAAUAUGCUUCAAAAGCUAUUAAUAAAAACUGAAUAUUCUAAGCAAGCCAUCUCAUAGGAAGUUGGCAGAUUAGCUCAUAUUCUACACAGCAUCAUUUAAGUAGGAAAAAUUUAAUGUUGGCAAAAACCAAAAAUGUGGCAUGACAUGAAAAUACCAUCUUAUAUUUACACCGGCUUUUCACUAACCUGUAUGUAAGGACAUGGGGAAAACUGUUCAGAUAAUAAAAUUCUCUUUCAGUGAGAGAACUUAGCAGGGAUAAGUAUAUGAACAAAAAAAAAAAUGCUGCAAAGAUAAAUGUGGAGAAAAUGAUAAUAAGCUAACACCUCUUAGUUUUUGAUUUCUUCUCCUUAGUUGUACAUCCAAUUUACUGGAAAAUAAUUUGUCUUCUUCCAUGCCAGCUAUUAUUACAGUAGCAACCAUCACGGACUUGUUACUUUUUCUGAGAAUGGUCAAAAUGGUGUUUUAAGUUUCAAACUCUUAGAUUUACAUUUGAGGACCAAUUAAAUCUGGUAACUUGAAUUCCCUGGUGAAACAAACUUCAUGAUGAGAAGUACAUGACAUGAACAGCUGCCUUACAAUGCACUCAUUUCAUGUCAAGCUAACAUUUAUUGAAUUCCUAUUAUAUGCAUAUUUCUCUCUUCGCGUUAUAGUUAUCGAUGUACUGUGCAAAUUCUGAGUUCCUUCUGGCACCUUUUCAGUUGAACAGCUAACAUGUUCGGGGCAGAAGAAAAAUUGUUUUACAAGAAGAAAAAUGAAUCUGAUUAUCCGUGUAGAAGUAAGCAAAAUGAAAAGCACUUGUUGCUGACAGAGAAUUAGAGAUGUCAUUUUAAGAACUGCUUCCAGCAAGUAAAAAAAAAAA